AUGAUCAGCACAUGGCAGUGCAGUCAUUGUGCGUGCCUUCAGUAUCCCAACAGAUUGAAGGAAUUAGACUGUGAAGAGAGAGAGAGAGAACAUGUGCGAGAGAGAGAGAGAGGGGGAAGUCUAAAGAAAGAGGUUUCGCUCCAUGUGACUGGUUGAUUGUGUAAUCCAGUUAUGGAGGGGGACAGGAUUUCAGCUUUAAAAAGAUCUUUUGAAGUAGAGGAGGUAGACACCCCAACGCAUCCCUCCCUCCCUUCCAGAAGAACAGCAAACCCUCUCCUGAGGUCUGCAGUGUCCAGCUCUGCACAGAGAUUCCAGGACCUGGGAACCAAACACUCUUCAGAGCUCUCAACCCAGCAAUCCCCCAAGACGAGCCUGAGGAGAGUGGAGCUGACAGGCCCCCGGCUCCCUGAAGCAGCCUCCCGGCGCACUGAGAUCUCCAUUGACAUCUCCUCCAAGCAAGUGGAGAACAUCAGCCCAGGGGUAUCGAGAUUCGGGCUAAGGAGGCCAGAGGCCCCGGGUCACAAGUCCCCGGAGCUAGUUCAGAAACAGGCAGAGAUAUCCGUCGGCAAGCCCCAGGAAUCCCCCCUGAGACGUACAGAGCCUCCCUUCUCCAGGAUCCCCGACCCGCAUCCCAGGAAGACAGAAUUUACAGCAGCCCCACAAGCUGAGGUGCCUUCAAAACGUGUUGAGAUUCAGGUCACAAAACCUGCAGAGCUCCCUGCUCCAGCAAGGUCAGAGCCAAACAACCUCCCUGCUGCCAUCAGUGUGCAGCAGAGCCAGCCACAGCCUGCAGAUACAGAGAUCUUAAUCAAGAGUCGAGAUGUGCCAGAGGUAAUUCCCUGCAACACAAGCACCGCCAUGGCAGAGCCUUCCAGAGACCCGGCCAGCAAGCCAGUCCUGUCCGUACGCGGCGAGAGGCCGCCCCCCGACUUCCACUACGUGGGCAUCGAUGCCAUCCUGGAGCAGAUGAGAAGGAAGGCCAUGAAGCAGGGCUUCCAGCUCAACAUUAUGGUUGUGGGUCAGAGCGGACUGGGAAAGUCCACGCUGGUGAACACUCUCUUCAAGUCCAAGGUGAGCCGCAGAUCCAUGCAAGCCACUGCCGAGGAGAGGAUCCCCAAAACCAUUGAGAUCAAAUCUGUUAGCCACGAUAUUGAGGAGAAGGGAGUCCGGAUGAAGCUCACUGUAAUCGACACGCCCGGAUUCGGAGAUCAUAUCAACAAUGAGAACUGCUGGCAGCCCAUCAUGAAGUUCAUCAAUGAUCAGUAUGAGAAGUACCUUCAGGAGGAGCUCAACAUUAACAGGAAGAGGUGGAUCCCGGACUCCAGAGUGCACUGCUGUAUAUACUUCAUUCCCCCCACCGGACACUCCCUUCGACCCCUCGAUGUGGAGUUUAUGAGGCGUCUCAGUAAAGUGGUCAACAUUGUGCCUGUGAUCGCAAAGGCAGACACGCUGACUCUAGAGGAGAGGGACUUCUUUAAACAAAAGAUCAGGGAGGAACUUGGAGCCCACGGCAUUGACGUGUACCCACAGAAAGAGUUUGACGAGGACACUGAGGACCGCAUGAUCAACGAGAAGAUAAGAGAAAUGAUUCCAUUCGCUGUGGUCGGCAGUGACCAGGAGUACCAGGUGAAUGGGAGGAGAAUCCUGGGGAGAAAAACGAAAUGGGGCACCAUUGAAGUUGAGAAUAUUGCACACUGUGAGUUUGCAUAUUUGCGAGACCUCCUGAUAAGAACACACAUGCAAAACAUAAAGGACAUCACCAGCAGUAUCCACUAUGAGAUGUACCGUGUGAAGAGGCUGAACGAGAGCAACGCGUACUCCAAUGGGGUUUCUGAACAAGACGCUUCGACCAAUGAAAUGUAAAGCAGGCCUCGCAGGCCACACCCCUCCGUCCACCUGGAUCAGCCAAAAAGAAAACCAACUUGAACAAAGUGCCAAAUGUGACCAAAUGUGUGUGUGUAGAGUAUGUAGUGUGUAGUGUCUAUGAGCUUCUGCUCACUCUGAAACCUGUCUGAAUCACACUGGGGACAAACUGCAGCAGCCUGAAAAGAGAGUCUAGAGCCUGGGGCUGGAGCAGACUGAGGUUAAGCUUUGCUGUGUGUGUGUGUCUCUGUAUGUUUGUUUGUUUGUGUGUGUGUGUCUCUCUCUGUGUGUGUCUCAGUGUGUGAGCAGUAAGAGAUGUGUUCAUAGAGGGGAAUGUGGCAGGUCGUGAUGUGGGGUGCUUGUUUAUAAAAGUUGCUGUGAGUUUACAGUAAUAAUGUUCAGUUGGGUUUUAUAACAAGUUUUCUGAAUGUUUGGCAAUUUUGUAAUUUAUUUGUAGUACUUGCUGUUAAAUAAAAAUAGUUUUAGAAAGCUUUCCUAAGUAAGGCUGUUGGGAUGGUUUGAGUUGAGGGGGGAGAGAGCUUGGUAAAGGUUUUGGUGGAUUUAGUAAAUUGAGAGAUGGGGACUGCUUGUCUAACUGGUCAGGCGAGUUCAGAGUGAUUUUAUAGAAUUGCAAUGCAGACGAUUGGAAGUAAACUGCACGGUGUAAUGUGUGUAGCAUUGUUAGGUUUGUGUAGCAGCGUUGACAGGGCUGUCUGAUUGUGUAAUGUGAUGUUGACAGGGCUGUGUGAUUGUGUAGUGUGGUGUUGACAGGGCUGUGUGAUUGUGUGUAAUGUGUUGUUGACAGGGCUGUGUGAUUGUGUGGAAUGUGUUGACAGGGCUGUCUGAUUGUGUGUAAUAUGUUGUUGACAGGGCUGUGUGAUUGUGUGUAAUGUGUUGUUGACAGGGCUGUGUGAUUGUGUAAUGUGGUGUUGACAGGGCUGUCUGAUUGUGUGUGCAGACAGUGUAGAGUAGCAUUUCAUUCAUUGUUUUCUGGACCUUUGUUGUAAACUGUCUGAUUGCUUCUUCAGUGCUGUUCAUUUGCAUUUGUCCUUGAAUAUUUGUCCUGUUUUUGCGAAGGACGGGGUGGGGGUGGGGUCACAAUAUGUUUAUUAGUUCUGCUUUCUGUGCCUUAUGUAAACCUAAUAAGAGCUGUGUUAUUUUUCCUCUAAAGUAAAACAUGUAUAAUUUGAUGUAAUAAAAGAUCAACUCUUUGUACUGAAUGGAAAGGUAUUGCCUCUGAAUGCAGAUCAUGGUUGGUGAGAUCUCCUCUUCCAGGCGCACUCUUUAUGAUCUGUUCUGAUGAUGACUUGCUCUUAUUUAUUUUUCCUUUGAUUAGCACCUUUCUUUUUCUUUAGGGGGCGGGGGGGGGGGACUAGCUCGAGAUGGAUCCAGUGUGUGUAACAUGGUCUUCAGCACAAAGGACACACUGUUGGAUCACAGUACAACAUGAUGGGAUUUGCACAACCUGUCUAGCUGUGUCUUGCAUACUGAUCGUCGUGCUGCUUCGAUGUACAGUGUGUUUCAGUUCAAUAGCUAUAGAAGUGCAGCAAGCUCCUCUGUGGAUCAUGUAUUUAUCAGUGUGCAUUUCUGACAUCUUGAAUCUGUUUACUAAACAUGAUGACACCUCACGCCCUUCCAGGGGGGAGGGGGGAUUCAUUGAGAGCACUUCUGUCUGGGGGAGGGGGGAUUCAUUGAGAGCACUUCUGUCUGGAGGGGAUUCAUUGAGAGCACUUCUGUCUGGGGGAGGGGGGGAUUCAUUGAGAGCAGUUUUCUUGUUCAUUUCUUUAUUCUGUUUUUGUUUUGGCAAUUCAAAGAUUUAAGCAUAUCUUACAUUUUUCAAUAUGGAAUCUAUUCAUUGUGGGUAAAAAUAAUACAAAUAUUAGGCUUUUUUGUUAACAAAUGAUGAUAAAUAACACACUUUAUGUUUUAUAUCAUUUCCUAAAAUAAACAUUUGCAAAUUU